AUGGUUGUGGAAACUGUUUUCAGGUUGGAGUUCGAUCACAAUCGACCAGAUUCUCGAAUUUGGGUGACUUCAAAAGAUGGAAUGUUUCAUCCAAGGGACCUGUACUUCGCCAUUGCAAAUGCAUCAACAAGUGAGGAACAAGCUACAGAUCAUUGGCCAAGUUUGUGGUGGAAAGCCAUUCCGUUGAAGGUUUCGGCUUUUGUUUGGAAAGCAUUGCUUGAUAGAUUGCCAACGAAGGAUAAUUUGAUUAAAAGAGGAAUUUUACACUCGCAAGAAGACGGUGUCUGUUCUUUGUGCUGGGUUCAAGAUGAAUCUUCGUGCCAUGUCCUUCUUAUCUGCUACGAGGCACUCCUUGUGUGGUCUAAGGUUUGUGGUUGGAUUGAUUGUUCUUUACUUUAUGCGGCUACUUUGAAGGAACAUUUCGAGGAGUUUGUGAGCUUUGGUGUUGGGAAAGUAAAGAAGAAAAUUCUUGGCCUUAUUUGGCAAUGUGUUGUGUGGAGAAUUUGGAAGGCGAGAAAUGAGAAGAUUUUCAAAAACUCAAUACCGAUCGCGGAGAACAUCGUGGAGAGUAUUAAAUUCUGCUCAUGGAAAUGGUUGAAGGCGCACUACCCAUCUUCCUUUUAUGCCUCUCUGCAUGAGUGGAGUUCACAUCCUAUCCUUUGUAUGCCGACUAAUCUUUAG